AUGACAGCGCUUUUAGAUACAGGGUCUCAGGUUGAGGAACACAAAUCCCUACAGAAUCUGAACAGUGAGUUACAGCUGCAGGUUCAGAAGUUCCAGGAACAUUUUCUUGAUCAGACAAAUAAAGAUAUGCUUGGACAGAUGGAGAAGAGCAUGCAAGAGAAAGAUGAAAAAAUCAAAACGGUUGAGGAGUUAUUGGAGACCAGACUCAUAGAAGUUGCAAACAAAGAAGAAGCAUUGAGGACACUAAGGGAUGAAAAUGCGACUUUGAGAAUGGAUGUGCAGAAUCUUAAGGCCCAUCACAAAGACCAGGUAGCCCUUACGUCUGUUGUGGAAGAUCUAAAACAUGUUAUCCAUGAGAAGGAUGGCAAAAUAAGGUCUGCGGAAGACAUGCUUUACGCUGAGCGGCUGCGGGUCAGCAAUGAGGAAAAUACUGUACAGGCAUUGACUAAAGAAAUUGAAGCACUAAAGGAAGCUUUAGGAAAUAGCCAGCUCGAGAAGGCUGAACAGGUCUCCAGUAUUGCACAAGUUCAGGAGCUUCAGAAUCAGUUGAAGGGCAGGGAAGAGACAUUAAAGCUGACAGAAGAACGGUUUAAUGAACGUGAGAAAGCGUUUCUAGAAAAGGAAAGACAAAUUGAGGAUCUACAGAAAGAAAGUAAACAGCUGAAAAUCCAUAUUGAAGAAGUCCAGCAAAAGCUAAUGCAGCAAAACUCCACGUCGACAGGAGUGCAAGAUCUUCAAAGGAUAGUAGAGCAGCAAGAAGAGAAGAUUAAGAGCAUGGAGGCUUUGUUACUGGAGCGAGAGACCAACGUGGCUGACACAACUCAAGAACUAAUGGGUUUGAAAAAAGAAAAUGAGAUUUUGAAAAUUCAGGCCUGUGAAUUACAAAGAAAACACGAUCAACAGCUAAAACAGGUUUCCUCAGUUGCUCAAAGCGAAGAAUUAUUAAAAGCGCUUGCAGAAAAAGACAGAUAUAUAAGUGAUCUGCUAGGGGAGGUGAAAUCUCAGAAAUCUGCAGUAGAGCAACAAAGGAAGAAAAACAAUGAGAAGCAGCAAGCCCUGCGCACGGGGGAAACGUAAGCUCGGGAAAUCCUGCAGAAGAUAUUCCCAGAUGUCUCUGUUUCUGCUAGUUUGGGUCACGGUGAAUGGAUUCAGGAAUUUGAGAAGCUGGCUAAAGUUUGUUUGAAUGAAA